GCGCGAUUUUGUCCAAUGAAGCCAGUCCUUACAACCGCCGCACUGCCCUCUUACCUUGGGGCGGGUCUAGCUAGAUUAGCCCCUCCUGCUUCUUCUGCAAACCUAUGGGAAGCCGGUGUCGCGCGCGCGGAGCGGUGGGAAAGGCGCCGAGGCUGCGAGUACUUCGUUGCCUUAACUACAGGUCGCAGAGGAGUCCAUUUGGCGAUGGCCUCUAAUUUUAAGAAGACAAACAUGACAUCGAGUAGCCAGAGAAAAAGAAUGAGCCCUAAGCCUGAAUUGACUGAAGAACAGAAACAGGAGAUCCGGGAAGCUUUUGAUCUUUUUGAUGCUGAUGGAACUGGAACUAUAGACAUCAAGGAACUAAAGGUUGCAAUGAGGGCGCUGGGCUUUGAACCCAAGAAAGAAGAAAUCAAGAAGAUGAUAAGUGAAAUUGAUAAGGAAGGGACAGGAAAAAUGAACUUUAGUGACUUUUUGACAGUGAUGACUCAGAAAAUGUCCGAGAAAGACACCAAAGAAGAAAUCCUGAAAGCUUUCAAGCUCUUCGAUGAUGAUGAAACUGGGAAAAUAUCAUUCAAAAAUCUGAAGCGUGUGGCCAAGGAGCUAGGCGAGAACUUGACUGAUGAGGAGCUGCAGGAAAUGAUUGAUGAAGCUGAUCGAGAUGGAGAUGGCGAGGUCAAUGAGCAAGAGUUCCUGCGCAUCAUGAAGAAGACCAGUCUCUAUUAAGACCAGUGUUUCUUUUUUUUACUGCAAACACAUGUGACUAGAUUUAGUGCCUGCCAUUUUGUGAAAUAUGGCUUUUGAGAAUUCCCCUCCCCCAACCUCUGGGGUAACUAGCCAUGACCUUGAAUCUAUUUUUGACUUUUGGAAGUUUCUUUGAUAUUAAGUUCUUUGUACAUUUACCUGAUGACUAACUCAACAGGACAGAACAAGAGCACAUAGUGGGGAAAGGGUCUGAAAGUGAGACUACAGCCACUCCACCUUCCAUUACUUCACAUUGCUCAUACAUUUCACACAGCUGCAAACACACAGUGGCUUCUUAGAUGUCCAUGUGUCCACCUCACCAUAAGCCGUGGUUGUUCUAAAAUUGUUCUAGUUUUUAGUUGACACCAGAGUGUAGUUUCUUUCCUCUCAUAAAACCCAACAAAUGCUUGCUGUGUCAUUUGGAUGUGUGUUAAUGCAUUUGUUUUGUUUUAAAAAUAAAACCUUUCUUAAUUUAAACUCUCA